UUUUUUGGGUGGCGGAAAUUGAAUAACGAUCGCAUCCAUUCCAUAAAUAGCAAUGGGUAAAAGGCAAACAUUUCGGAGUAAAGCAGCCCACUUUGUUUCUGAUCUCACCACUGUUCUUCUCAACCCUAUUUCUGAUUACAACAACAACAAACCCUCUCUCCCUCCUUCCGAAGAAGGCGAAGAAGAAGUGGGUGAGUCAAAGGGUGGUUUUGAUGUAAUUAAUGGGCCUGAUACGUCGUCGUUCACUGCGUUUCUCUAUUCUUUGUUGACUUCCUCGGAGUGUGGGGAUAACGUUGCUGAACUAGAUGGGAAGAACGAUGAUGAGUCAGCAGGUGUUGUGAAGAGAACUUUGUUUUGUAGGGGUAGGCAAUCAUUGGGUAGAGCCAUUCAUCUAGCUACCAGAAUGGGUGGAUUUCGCAACAAGGAUACUAGUUCCGAAAAUGAAGAGCGGGGCGUUGAGAUGAAGCGAAUUAAGAAAGACCCUGUGCCUGCGCCUGAGGCUCAUCAUUUGCCUCAGAUUUCUGAACCUUCAAUGCUGAUUUCGGAUGAUGUGAGGAAUGCCGUGUAUGCUUCGCUUCCGACUAUUAUUCAUGGCCGCAAAUGGCUAUUGCUAUACAGCACUUGGAAGCAUGGUAUAUCACUUUCAACUCUUUAUAGGAGAAGCAUGAUUUGGCCCGGACUCAGUUUGCUGGUUGUUGGUGACCGUAAAGGAGCAGUGUUUGGUGGCAUGGUUGAAGCUCCCCUUAGGCCAUCCAACAAGAGAAAAUAUCAGGGAACAAACAAUACAUUUGUUUUCACAAACACCUCUGGUUGUCCUGUUAUAUAUCGCCCAACAGGAGUAAACCGCUACUUCACACUUUGCACCACUGACUUUCUAGCAAUUGGUGGGGGAGAUCAUUUUGCGCUUUAUUUGGAGGGUGAUCUAUCGACUGGGUCAAGCUCGGUUUCAGAAACUUAUGGGAAUCCUUGCCUUGCACAUUCUCAAGAGUUCAAAGUGAAGGAAGUAGAGUUGUGGGGCUUUGUAUAUCCUUCAAAGUAUGAGGAAAUAGUGGCAAUGAGCAGAACAGAGGCACCUGGGAUUUGUCGCUGGUAAAUAUCUCCUAAAAUGUGUCAAAUGCCUUGCAGUUUGCAUUUUACUGAAUGGUCAAGCCGAGUCAUAAAAUGACAAUUUCUGAUAGAAAAGGAUGCAAAGUCUAUCGAUAGACAGUAUAACGAAGUAAUCUUAUGAUUCCACUCAUGUUACGAUUGUGUAACAUGCUUGUAAAUAUUUGCAAGGCUGUAUAUACAGUGUUCACCCCCAUUAUAAAAUGGUCAAUUUUGUGUUGUAAAAAUUGGGGCAAAUUUACGUGUUUGCAUACUUAAUUGAAGCAGAUGAAGGAAAACAAAGGAUAACCAUGUGGCCCAAGUAUUGUUUUAAGUUAGAUAUCAUGGAGGCCUAGAACGGAAAUUCCUUAGACGAAAGAUGAUGUCUUUUACAUCCUGCGUAAAAGGUGUUCAGAAAGGAUCUUUGAUAGGCUGGACUAUAUCUAUAUCUACUGCUUCUGCUUCCUUAUGUAGCUCCUGCUUAUUACAUAGUUUUCGUGGUGUAUCAGCUGUCUGCACAACACACCAAGAACUCCUAGAAUUGUUGCAUCGUUAUCGUUCUGCUCAGAUGGUUGAACAUAAUUUAGAUGUAGGUUAGCCAGGUAGCUUCUCCAUGUACUCAAGGAAAAAAGGAAAAGGAAAA